AGUAUUGUCAAUCAUCUUUGACUUCACUGUGAAAACGGGGCAGUACUUGAAGGCUUGACAAAUGCAUCCCAGGUUGAAAAACUGCUGCAUUCCUCCUCCUCUUCCUCCUUUAGAAAAUUGACUUCUUUAAAGAGGUAAAAGAGAAGCAAAAGAAGUAAGAAAAUGCUGGGAUCAGAACGAGGUGUCGUGGAAGAAUGGCUGUCAGAAUUCAAGGCAUUACCUGAAACACAAAUUUCUAGCUAUGCAGCUACAUUGCACCGAAAAAAACCACUGGUACCGGCUCUUUAUAAGGUCAUUCAAGACCCAAAUAAUGAGCUCCUGGAGCCUGUUUGCCACCAGCUCUUUGAACUUUAUCGUAGUUCUGAAGUUCGGCUCAAGAGAUUCACACUGCAAUUUUUGCCAGAGUUGAUCUGGGUAUAUCUGCGUCUCACUGCCAGCAGGGACAGACAGAGUAAUGGUUGCAUUGAAGCAUUGCUGCUUGGCAUUUACAACUUGGAAAUUGCUGACAAAGAUGGAAACAACAAAGUUUUAUCUUUCACCAUCCCUUCAUUAUCUAAACCCUCAAUAUAUCAUGAGCCCUCUACUAUUGGAUCCAUGGCUUUAACUGAAGGAGCUCUAUGUCAGCAUGAUCUCAUCAGGGUAGUUUACAGUGAUCUUCAUCCUCAAAGAGAAACCUUCACAGCACAGAACCGGUUUGAGGUGCUGAGCUUUCUUAUGCUGUGCUACAAUUCUGCUAUUGUCUAUAUGCCUGCCUCUUCUUACCAGUCACUUUGUAGGAUGGGUUCCAGGUUAUGUGUGAGUGGAUUUCCACGACAGCAUGAGAAACGCUGGAAAGAACACUGUGGUAGAGUGGUGUUAGAUCCUGACUUCAUGGUGCAGCUGCUCACAGGUGUCUAUUAUGCCAUAUAUAAUGGUCAGUGGGAUCUUGGCCAGGAGGUAUUGGAGGACAUAAUUUACAGAGCGCAGCUUGAACUCUACUCACAGCCUCUGCUGGUUGCAAAUGCCAUGAAGAACUCGCUACCCUUUGAUGCUCCUGAUGCAUCACAAGAAGGCCAGAAGGUACUGAAAGUAGAAGUUACUCCGACAGUGCCGAGGAUUUCUCGGACUGCUAUUACAACAGCGUCUAUCCGUCGUCAUCGCUGGAGGAGAGAAGAUGGCUUUGACUUCUCAAACGAGGCUGACUCAAGCAUACCUGGCUCACCGAUCCAACACGGCUCCACAGACCUAGGGAUCAAACGUGAGCAAGAGGGGGAGGUGCUGAUGCGCAGGACCCCUGAGCAUGGCUUCCCGGAGCCCACCUUGGCAGCAGCCACAACAGAGGAUGCUGAAGGUGUAAAUGGAAGAGAGGAAUCUGUGAACCUUAAUGAUGCUGAUGAAGGAUUUUCAUCAGGAGCUUCCCUCAGCAGCCAGCCAGUUGGGACCAAACCUCUAUCAUCUGUAUCCCAGAAGGGCAGCUUAAGGAAAACAGCAAGUGGGCGUCCUGCUAAGGAUAAAGAAACUUCUUCUGCAGCAAAAUCCAAUGAGAGCCCUCGAGAUUCAGUAGCUCGAAAGCAGUACGUGCACCAGUCCACUGACCUUGGUGCAGAUAUGAUUGAGAUGACACCUACUAAGAAACACCUCAGCCUGCCUGCUGGGCAGGUGGUGCCAAAAGCCAACAGUUUGAGCCUGAUCAGGACCGCCAGUGCUUCCUCCAGUAAAUCAUUUGACUAUGUGAAUGGCAGUCAAGCAGGCUCCAGUGUUGGAGCUGGUACAGAGGGUGUUACCAAUCUAGCAGCUGGCAACACCAAUCGGUUUUCAACUAUCAGCCUACAGGAGGACCGACUAGGCCAAGCUGGGGAAGGUAAAGAUCUCCUUCCCCCAGGAGCUCCCCUAACCAAGCAGUCUCGAUCUCCAAGUUUCAAUAUGCAGCUGAUAUCCCAGGUGUAACUUUGACUCCCUUCCUUAGGACUCCCUCUUUCCCCUUAACCCCCAGGCAAGUUCAUCCUUAGGCACCAUCAUCGCGCAGUGUGAAAAUACUGACUGUUGUGAUCUUGUUUGAUUUGGUUUAGCUAUCAUACUGUAUUACUGAAACAGCAAUAAUUCUUCCCUCACCUUCAUCCUCCCCCCCCCACCUUGUAAACAUGGUUGUGAAGCAGUAUAUAAUGUACUGUAUGCCUUUUUCCUUCCUUUCUCCUUGGGUGAUGUGCAAUCCAUCGUAGGCUGAUCAGUCCCAUUUCAACACUGUGAGACUGGAGACACCGGCGGAAAUGGUGAAUGUGAUCCCUAUGAGAUGAUGCUUUGGCUUCGUUAAGAAAUAGAAACGGGUUUGUUUUCUCGGUCUACAGUACUGCAAAGACUACUGGAUCAUGACUUUUCUUUCUCAGAACCAGGAGUGCCUCAGAGAUUCUAGUGUGACUUCGGACCUCUCUGAGUCUGUGCAAUCAAUUCUGGGGAGGGGUUUGUCAUUGCUGCUCCUGGCUGCCUACAGCACUUUUUUCAUUAAAAUGAGGGUAGUUGUUUUUCUUGCCUGCCCCCAGUCUCUCAUCCCAGAAGCUUUUGAUGUUCAGCAACUGAGACAUGCAUAUUAGCAAGUUGUUUUCCCUCAGAGAGAGGAUUUAAGUAGAUAAUGUAGGUUACAAUGCACUUCUAAUGGCGUUGUAGCCAUAUGUAAUGUUACAUGUCUUCCCCUCCAGGACACAGGGUCAUUCUGCAUAUAGACUAAAAUUUAGACAACACCAUGCUGUUAAAGCAGUUUGGCUUGUAAGUGGGAGGGAAACACUACUUUCCCAGGAACUAAUGGCUAGCUCUGCUCCAUUUUUGUUGUUGUUGUUGUUGUUGUUGUUCUUGUGAGGUGCUGAUCACUGAAUUGAAAGAUGUAUUCGGGUAAAGAGUAUUUCUCAGGCUGCUUUCUAUGGUAUCGUGGCUGUUGGACACCCCCGCCCCUCUCAGCUGCUUUCUCAGUGUCCCUGAAUUCAAUCAUGGAGUCAUUUGAAGAAUUGUGCAGUCCAGACAGACUAUACUCUUAAGGGGCUGUCUCAGGGAUAGAGACAAUAGUUUGCUAGAAACACUGAAGCUUCAAUGUGAAAUGCUUUUCUAGAAACACUGUUUGCGCAAAGGGGUACUGACAGAAGGAUCACACUUCAUUGCCUUGGUAUAUAUAAUCCAUUGAGUUUUUUUAACUCUUAUUUUAGUGGAUUGGCCCUACUCUAGAAAAUUCAGAACUCAUGCCAUCGAGCCAAGCCUUGAAUGUAUAUGACUGGUGUAUGGGCACUGGCUGGUACUUACGCUAGAGAACACUGCUUAGAAGCACAUUUCUGGUUACACAGGAGAAUGUAAUUUUCUCUCCAUCUCUCUCUAUCUCUUUUUGGAUUGCUAGAGAGAAAAGGGGAAGGUUCAUCCUCUAUGCUUAAGUCAUGUAUGAUAUCCUGGAAGUUUACAAAUUGUAAACCCACAGGAAGGAGUUUCGAUCUUUAUGUGGGCACUUUGCUUUCACUGUCACUGUGAAGGAUAAACAUAAGCAUUUAUAAAUAGCAGGCUAUCUUUGGAUGAUAGUCUUCAAUAAAUUCAGGACAAUGACAUGGUGUUGCAUUGCUGGUAGUUGGUUUUGGUUUGUGGGUUUUUGUUUGGUUUUUUUUUUUGCU